AUAAAUUACCUACCUUCAAACGUCAAAUCAAUUCUGUUAAUUUACGGGCGAUAAUUUAUAUUAGACAGUUUAUUCGUAAACCACAAAUGAAAUACAGCCGCAAUUCAACCCUCCUAGCAACUAUAGCGAAUACAAACAAAUCGCGGUUCCGAUCUGAAAUCAGACCGAACAUGUUUUCUGCAAAUAUUCUCAACGAUGGUGACUUCACUAAAACAAUCUACACCUUGAUCAAAGACAACAGAUUCAGCGAUGCCAUAAAAAUGUUGCACGGCAUCGCCGAUUCGAACUCUACCAGGGCCGGACUGUCCCUUUUGGCGUAUUGCUACUUUUACAUUCAGGAUUUCGUGAAUGCCGCUAAUUACUACGAACAGCUGACUAAGAUGUAUCCAGACGAUAAGGAUUAUAGAUUGUACUACGCACAGGCCUUGUACCAAGCUUGUAUGUAUGAAGAAUCUUACCAAGCAUGCAAUACAUUGGUGGAAGUUCCAGAAUACCAAGAGAGAGUUAUCAAAUUGCAAGCUGCCAUCAAAUACAGUCAGGAAGACGUACUUUCAGCUAAAAAUUUGGUUGAGGCCAGCUCUUCUAACGAUCCUGAUAAAGAAGUCAACUUGGGUUGCCUCUUAUAUAAAGAUGGUAAUUAUGAAGAAGCGUUAUCAAAGUUCAGUUCCUCCCUUCAAAAUCAAGGAUUCAAACCAUUUUUGGCGUAUAAUACCGCGCUCUGCUAUUACAAAUUGAAAGAAUACGGACCUUCUUUGAAGUACUGCGCCGACAUAAUAGAAAGAGGAAUCAGAGACCAUCCGGAGUUGAGCAUAGGGAUGCAAACUGAAGGAAUAGAAGUUCGAUCUGUCGGAAACACUAUCACUUUACACGAAACUUCGCUCACUGAGGCCUUCAAUCUGAAAGCUGCUAUUGAAUACCAACUCAAAAAUAUUGACGCAGCCAAAGAAGCACUCACCGAUAUGCCUCCAAGGGCGGAAUACGAACUGGACGCGGUUACGUUGCACAAUCAAGCUUUGAUGAACUUCGAAAACAAUCCGACAGAAGGAUUCGAGAAGUUACAGUUUCUGCUGCAGCAGAAUCCUUUUCCGCCGGAAACUUUCGCCAAUAUCCUACUGCUUUACUGUCAACACGAGUGUUACGAUUUGGCAGCGGACAUUUUGGCUGAAAACGCUCAUUUGACUUACAAAUAUUUGACCCCGUACUUGUACGAUUUUCUGGAUGCCAUCAUAACUCAACAGACAUCUCCUAGUGAAGCUUACCAAAAAUUCGACGAGUUAGCUAGUCGACACACCGAACAACUCAGAAAACUGACAAAGCAGGUACAAGAGCACAGAAACAGAAACGAUACAGAGUUGGUCAAAAAAACUGUAAUGGAUUACGAAGACUAUCUUGAUAGAUAUAUACCAGUUUUGAUGGCACAGGCUAAAAUCUACUGGGAUUUGAAAAACUACGCUCAAGUGGAGAAAAUUUUCAGAAAAAGCGUCGAAUUUUGCAACGACAAUGACAUCUGGAGACUGAACGUGGCGCAUGUUCUGUUUAUGCAGGAGAACAAAUUCAAGGAAGCCACAGGAUUUUACGAGCCUUUGGUGAAAAAAAGUUAUGCCGAGAUCCUGAACGUAAAUGCCAUAGUCCUGGCGAACCUGUGCGUCUCGUACAUAAUGACGUCACAAAACGAGGAAGCCGAGGACCUAAUGCGAAAAAUCGAGAAGGAAGAAGAUCAGAUUACCUUCGAGGAACCUGAACGGAAGGUUUUCCACCACUGCAUCGUCAAUCUGGUGAUCGGCACUCUUUACUGUUCCAAAGGUAACUACGAGUUCGGAAUAUCUCGAGUAAUCAAAUCUCUGGAACCGUACGACAAAAAAUUGGGAACCGAUACUUGGUUUUACGCCAAAAGGUGUUUUUUGAGUCUGGUGGAGAACUUGGCCAAACACAUGAUCGUACUGAGGGACUCCAUCAUACAAGAGUGCAUUCAGUUUCUGGAAAGCUGCGAAAUGUAUGGAAAAACUGUAAGAACCAUAGCAUACUCAUCUUUAUCAGAAGUCAAUGAGAUUCCCAAUGGGAAGGAAACUGUUACUUAUGAAGCUAGAAAAAUCAAGAGUAUUCUACUUAGACUUUUGAAUUUUGAAACUUAAAUGAAUUAUUUAUUAUAAGAAUAUGAUAAACUUAUUAUUGUAUGUUGUAAUUGAUAACACAGUAAAAUGUUUUUAAAA